AUGCCCAACGCCAAUGCCCAACGCUCAACGCCCUACGCCCAACGCCAACGCCAAUGCCCAACGCUCAACGCUCAACGCCCAACGCCCUACGCCCAACGCCAACGCCCAACGCCCAACGCCAAUGCCCAACGCUCAACGCCCUACGCCCAACGCCAACGCCCAACGCCCAACGCCCAACGCCAACGCCCAACGCCAACGCACAACGCCAACGCCCUACGCCAACGUCCAACACCCAACGCCCAACGCCCAACGCCCAACGCCCAACGCCCAACGCCAACGCCCAACGCCAACGCCCAACGCCCAACGCCAACGCCAACGCCCAACGCCCAACGCCAACGCCCAACGCCAACGCCCAACGCCAACGCCCAACGCCAACGCCCAACGCCAACGCCCAACGCCCAACGCCAACGCCAACGCCCAACGCCAACGCCCAACGCCCAAGGCGUCAAUGCCCAACGCCCAACGCCAACGCCCAACGCCAACGCCCAACGCCAACGCCCAACGCCCAACACCAACGCCCAACGCCAACGCCAACGCCCAACGCCGAACGCCAACGCCCAACACGAGCACAAACACGAACACGAGCACGAACACGAGCACGAACACGAGCACGAGCACGAACACGAGCACGAGCACGAACACGAGCACGAGCACGAACACGAACACGAGCACGGACGCGAGCACGAACACGAGCACGAACGCGAGCACGAGCGCGAACACGAGCGCGAGCACGAGCGCGAGCACGAGCACGAGCAGGAGCACGAACACGAGCACGAGCGCGAGCACGAGCACGAACACGAGCGCGAACACGAGCACGAGCGCGAGCACGAACGCGAGCGCGAGCGCGAGCACGAACACGAGCACGAGCACGAGCACGAACACGAGCACGAGCACGAACACGAGUACGAGCACGGGCGCGAACACGAGCACGAGCACGAGCGCGAACACGAACACGAGCACGAACACGAACACGAGCGCGAGCACGAGCAUGAGCACGAACACGUGCACGAGCACGAGCACGAACACGAGCACGAGCACGAACACGAGCACGAGCACGAACACGAGCACGGACGCGAGCACGAGCACGAACACGAGCACGAACACGAGCACGAACACGAGCACGAGCGCGAGCGCGAGCACGAGCGCGAACACGAGCACGAGCGCGAGCACGAACGCAAACGCGAGCGCGAGCACGAGCACGAGCACAAGCACGAGCGGGAGCACGAGCACGAACACGAGCACGAACACGAGCGCGAGCGCGAGCACGAGCACGAACACGAACACGAGCGCGAGCACGAACACGAGCACGAGCACGAACGCGAGCACGAACACGAGCACGAGCACGAGCACGAGCACGAACACGAGUACGAGCACGAGCGCAAGCGCGAGCACGAGCACGAGCGCGAGCACGAGCACGAGCGCGAGCACGAACACGAGCGCGAGCACGAACACGAGCGCGAACACGUGCACGAGCACGGGCGCGAACACGGGCGCGAGCACGAGCACGAACACGAGCACGAACACGAACACGAGCGCGAGCACGAGCACGAGCACGGGCACGAGCACGAACACGAGCACGAACACGAGCACGAACACGAGCACGAACACGAGCACGAAGACGAGCACGAGCACGAACUCGAGCACGAGCACGAGCACGAGCGCGAGCACGAGCGCGAGCACGAGCACGAGCGCGAGCACGAGCGCGAGCACGAGCACGAGCACGGACACGAACACGAACACGAACACGGACACGAACACGAGCACGAGCACGAGUACGAACACGAACACGAACACACGCUCGCUUUCGCGUUCGCGUUUGAGUUCGCGUUCGAGUUCGCGUUCGCGUUCGCGUGUUUGUGUUUGUGUUCGCGUGAUAAAGAAAAUAUUGAUAACAACGAGCAAAAUCAGAAUAAGGAUGACCUACACGAAAAUGACAGAGAGAUUCAAGAUUCAGAGCAGAAAGAAGCAGCCCAGGUAGUGCAAGAGGAUUACAAUGCCAUAACAAUUUUGAACGAAGACUUAAGGAUAGAAAGAGAAAGAACACCAAGCUCAGUGAUCUGUAAUGAAAGAGCACCUACUCCAAUGGUUAUGGUACAAAGAGAAAAUGAAAGAACGCCCAGCCCAACACCUACUUUACCAGACCCACUUAUAUCCCCUAAGGAUAUUUGUCCCCUUCCGAUAAUCAAAACUCAAAAUACAAAUCGUAAAAACAGUAGAGCUGGAAAAGCAGCAGUUAUCAUUUCAACACCAUACAAAAAAGAGCUUGAAGAAAGUGUAUUGAAAAAGCAAUAA